AUCACUGUGAAGAGGACACAGAGGUACAGUAAUCCUGGAAAAACCUGUCACGGUUCUGAUGACGAUCCAGUGAUACAGUACAUGAUCACGGUCUAAUUAUUGAGCCUUGCGUAAACAGCCUGAGCUCCUCAAUGCGGUCAGCUUCUGUCCCAGCCCAUGUCUGAUCCUCACAAGCUGCUGACAGAUAUCUGAGCAGAGGUCAAGCCUACAUUGGUGCAAACGUUAGAGAUUCCACAGGUGUUGGUUCAUGCACUGGACUGUGUUGUGCAGAGCGGGGGCAUGGCUGGCAAUGGGGAGUAUAAAGCCUGAGACUGGGCACACAGUCAAGGAGCGCAAGAGGGAGAACAACUGUGCAGCAGUGAACUACACACAGGCCUUUUGGGGGGUUCUGUCUUUUUUCUUCACAACAGCAGCCACACAGUUGUCACUGUCACUAUGAGUCGCAGCCCAGAGAGGAUCUCCUCCUACCGCCGUCAUUUUGAGGACAGCAGCAGCUCAUCCUACGAGGUCAGGGUCUCCAGCCCUUCCCCCACCAGGAGAGAUGCCCGUAAUGGCUCUAUGGGAUACUCCUGCAGAUCAGGGGCCGGAGGCAUGCGUGUGGAGUCAGUAGGACGAAGGACCGCCUCAGCUGCACGCCGGCCUCGCCUGGUCGGAGCAGGAAUGGGUCUAGGAGCCUUGGUAUGUGUUGGACCGACUGGAGAACCUGCCAUGGAUCUGGACGCUGCUGCGGUUGAGAACCAGGAAUUUCUGAGCACUCGUACAAAUGAAAGACAGGAGAUGAUUGUCCUCAAUGACAGACUAGCUGUUUACAUCGAUAAGGUUCGAUCACUUGAGCAGCAAAACAAGCUGCUGGAAGCAGAGAUCGGAGUCUACCAAAACCGGUUUGAGAAGCCAACAGGUCUCCGCCUCUUAUAUGAAGAACAGCUGAAGGAGCUGAAAAAGAUCGCUGACCAGAUGAGAGUUCAGCGGGACAUUUCAUUGGCGGCAAAGGACUCCACAGCUGCUCAACUCGAGGCCAUUAAAAUCAAGUAUGAAGAAGCAAUUGAGCAGCGCAAGAAAGUUGAGGCUGAAAUCGAAGCCUUCCGUCCAGAUGUUGAUGCAGCCACCUCCUCACGCAUUGCCUUGGAGAAGAAGCUGGAGCAGCUGGAAGUUGAGAUUGAAUUCCUGAGGCGAGUCCAUCAGCAGGAAAUUGACGAGCUCAUGCAGCAGAUCUACGCAGCUCAUGUCACAGCUGAGAGUGCAUUUACUCUGCCUGAUCUGGCCAGUGCUCUGAAACAAAUCCAAAACCAAUAUGAUGACAUUGCAGCCAAAAAUCUCCAGGAGAUGGAUUCAUGGUAUAAGAAUAAAUUUGAAGAUAUAACCAAGAAGACAUCAAAACAUGUGGAUAGGGUUCGAGGUUUUAGAGAGGAACUAGCAGGAGCCAAAAAGGAUAUCCAAAGCAAAGAGCGAGACCUGGACGCCCUCAGGACAAAAAAUGAAGCUCUAGAGGCCCAGAUUCGUGAGAGACAAGAAAAGUACAGGAAGGAACUAGAAGACCUGCAGGCUCGGAUUGAGGCCCUGAAGCUUGAGCUGAAAUCCACCAAGGAGAAAAUUGCGCUGCACCUGCGCGAGUACCAGGAACUUCUGAAUGUCAAGAUGGCUUUGGAGAUUGAGAUUACAACUUACAGAAAACUGAUUGAGGGAGAAGAUCUGCGACUCGCUGGCAUGAUGCAAACCAUGUCCCUUACCAGCUGUAGCAUGAGUGCCAUUGGUACUGGGAUGAGCUUCGGUGGAGGAGGCGUAGGCGGUGUAGGUGGAAUGGGCAGAGGCUUAAUUGGAUCUAGUGGUGGUGGUGUUGGAGGAAUAGGAGCUGGAGUAGGAGUAGGUGGAGGUAUGGGAGCCACUUCAGGUAGUUCUAUUGGGAGAAUGGGGGGAAGAAUGGGUGCUCCUGGUGCAGAUGACUGGAAGAGUCCAGCUGGUAGGGGAGGGCUUACAGGUAUGAGUGGCAGUCAUGGACUGGGAGCUGGAGUUGGAGAUGCGGGUGCUGGAGGUGGGCUAAUAGGGUCUGGAGGCACUGGUCUGGUUGCUGGUGUUGGUUCUGGCCUUGGAGGGGUGGGGAGUGGAGCAGGAGGUGUAGCCAUGGGUCUUGGAGGGGUGGGAGCUAGUGCUGGAGGUGUAGGCUUUGGUUCUGGAGCUGCAGGUAGUGGUCUGGGAGGUGUGGAUAUUGGAGCUGGAGGUGUAGGAUUUGGUCCUGGGGGUGUGGGCACUGGACCAGGAGAUGUGGGCACUGGACCUGGAGGUGCAGGCAUUAGUCCUGCAGGUGUGGGCACUGGUCCUGGAGGUGUCGGCAUUGGUCCUGCAGGUGUGGGCACUGGUCCUGGAGGUGUAGGCACUGGACCUGGAGGUGUAGGCAUUGGUCCUGGAGGUGUAGGCACUGGACCUGGAGGUGCAGGCAUUGGUCCUAGAGGUGCGGGAAGUCUUUCUGGAGGUGUAGACACUGGUCUUGGGGAUGUAGGACCUGGUGCUGGAGGUGUGUUCUCUGGUCCUGGAGGAGUAGGGGCUGGUGCUGGAGGUGUGGGGGCUGGUGCUGAAGGUGUGUUCUCUGGUCCUGCAGGUAUAGGGACUGGUGCUGAAGGUGUGUUCUCUGGUCCUGCAGGUGUAGGGACUGGUGCUGAAGGUGUGUUCUCUAGUCCUAGGGGUGUAGGGGCUGGUGCUGGAGGUGUGUUUUCUGGUCCUGGAGGUGUAGGGGCUAGUUCAGAUGGUAUAGGCACUGGUCUUGGGGGUGUGGAAGGAGGCGUGGGGGGAAUAUUGGGGUUUGAUACUGCAGGCAGAGGUGAAGAUAGCACUGGGGGUGUCAGGAUUGGUACCGAGGACGGACCUGCAGGUUCAGGUGUCAAGGGUGGUCCUGGCAUGGAGUUUAGUGGUGGAAUUGUUGGUGUAGGUGGGGUGGGAGGAAUAGGAGGGGUCGGAGGUGGAGACCAUGGCAUGCCCGGUGCUCAACUGGGAGGCGUUGGAGGAGAAGAGGGCAUGAGUGCAAUGAGUGGAGAUGGCGUGGUGGGUGGGAGAGUGGGGAGGGGAGGGGCAGGAGUGAGUGACAGCAGUGGUGCUGGGAUGGGAUUUGGAUCAGAUGGAUAUGACAACUUUGAGCCCUAUGCUGAGCAGGCUGUGGAGCUGACAGAGAGAAGGACAGUUCUGAUUAGGACAAUAAAAACUGAGGAUGACGUGCUGGAGACAGACCACCACGAACAGACCUACAUCAUCACCGGUGCAGCCGAUGACUCUGACGACGACUGAGCAGCGCAAAUUCUCAACUGACCUCUUCUCGCCCUUAAACCUCCACGCCCCUUUGAGCUCUCGCACUGACCAAAGCCCAUGUCUGGGCACUGACCUUUGCCCUUUUGGCCUGGAAAAGAACACCAUAAAUGACCCUUUGCAGCAGAUUUAAGCCUUCACCCAUGGGUUCUUAAUAUGCCUCACAACACUUAACACGCUCUUGAAACUUUUGUAUGCCUUGCACACCCCUUUUCUCCUUUCAUUGCAAAUAAAGCAAUCAGCAUUCAA